CUGAAUUUGACGAUUGUCACAAAUGCAACCCUGCUUGAACUGUGAUUAUGCUGUUUGAAACGUCUGUCUCUCCAGCCCUUCAUGCCACUGGCAAAGCUGCGCUGCUCUCCAUUUGUCCACUACUUGCUGUGCCAGGCUUUUUUUCCACAAUGCACACAGGAGAACAAAGUGCUGCAUCCCUGCAGAGAGCAUUGUGAGAAGGUUAUGUCCGACUGCGAGAAUGAAAGGUCAACAUUCGGUGUCACCUGGCCUCCUGAGCUGCAGUGUAGCAGAUUAGAAUCGUGUUUGGGCCCUCAUAUUUCAGUGUCUCCUACCCCAUCAGUGAUGACUUCCUCGUCGUCAAAGAGGGACCUGGGCUUCUGGUGCCCGCUGCAACUGAAAACCAAACCAGGACUUGGCUCAUCAUUCCUGGGCUCUCAGGACUGCGCCCCACCAUGCUCCAACAUGUACUUCAAAGCUCACAAUAUUGAAUUUGCCAAGACCUUCAUCGGCGCGUGUUCUGUCAUCUGCUUGGGUGCCACUCUCUUCACCUUCCUCACGUUCCUCAUCGAUGUCAAACGGUUCCGUUACCCUGAGCGGCCCAUUAUCUUUUACGCUGUCUGCUACAGCUUUGUGUCACUGAUCUACUUCGUUGGUUUCCUGCUGGGGAACAAAGCAGCUUGUACAAAGGCUAUACACCCCAGCGGUGUGGAUACAGUGGUGCUGGGAUCUCAGAGUAAAAGCUGCACACUGCUUUUUAUGCUCCUCUACUUCUUCUCUGUUGCGGGUGUAGUCUGGUGGGUUAUACUCACUAUUACCUGGUUCCUCGCAGCUGGUCCCAAGUGGAGCUGUGAGGCCAUUGAAAAGAAAGCGGUUUGGUUCCACUCUGCAGCCUGGGGGAUCCCUGGGGUGCUAACUGUUAUGUUGUUAGCUCUGAACAAGGUUGAAGGGGACAACAUCAGCGGCGUUUGCUUCGUGGGACUCUAUGAUCUGGAUGCACUGCGCUUUUUUGUCCUGGCUCCACUUUGUGUCGGUGUCAUCAUCGGCCUCUUCCUUCUCCUGGCAGGGAUUGUUUCUCUCAACCAUGUCCGCCAAGUCAUCCAACAUGAUGAGCGCAACCAGGAGAAGCUGAAGAAGUUCAUGAUCCGCAUUGGUGUGUUCAGCUGCCUCUACUUGGUCCCGCUGCUCAUCCUUUUAGGUUGUUACAUCUAUGAACAGAGUCACCGCAGUGCCUGGGAGAAUACCUGGAUCAAUGACCGCUGUCAAGAGUACAGCAUCCCGUGCUCACACAAGACUACAGAGAAUGAGCGUCCUGAUCUGUCCCUUUUCCUAGUCAAAUACUUGAUGACGCUUGUAGUUGGAAUAUCUGCCGUGUUCUGGGUCAGCAGCAGAAAGACCUGCUCAGAGUGGGCCUACUUCUUCAACAGGACGCGCAAGAGAGAUCCCAUCAGUGAGAGCCGCCGCGUGCUACAGGAGUCUUGUGAGUUCUUCCUCAAGCACAACAGUCGAGUGCAACACAAGAAGAAGCACUACAAGCCAAGCUCCCACAAGCUCAAGGUUAUCUCCAAGUCUAUGGGCACGAGCACCGGCGGUGCACUUGGCAAUGCUUCUGCUGCAGCGACUUCCAAUCUGGAAAGCUGUGCUCCAGUGAAUCGUGAGCCUCAUGCACAGGUGUCCGUGUCUGAGCAUCUGGACUGGGCCGUCUCCAGCCGAGGUUCCAGGCGUGGAGAGAGUGAAAGGCAGGGGGCAGAGCGACGCAGCAAAGCGGGAAGUUCCAGUAAGGUCAGCAGCCGGUCAGAGAGUUUGCACAGAGUCCCAGAUGGGAGGGUGUUUCCGAGGGCUGAGUUUUCGAAUGUCCGGCAGAUUCCUGAUGGACAACAGCAUCCACCUCCAAGCAUCCAAGACCCUGUCACCCAGCUGGUCCACCAGAUCACAGAGGAAAGCAAGGAUAAAAAGGAGAGCAGUUCCUGAAAUGCUUGACUCCUCUGAUGUACAUGUUGAUGUUUUUAAAAAUCCACUGUAACACCACUCAUACAUGGUGCUUGACUGUGUCUAAAGUUUUAGUCACAGUGUCAUGCACCUCCACUGUUCUUUCAUAGGAGCUGUUACAGUUCAUCCAGAAAGCAUUCACAGCACUUCAUUUUUUCCACAUUUUGUUGUUACAGCCUUAUUCCAAAAUAAAUUCAUUUUUUAAUUCAAAAUUCUACUGACAA